CUCUGGAUUGCAUGGUCGCAGCUUCCUUUUUAACCUAAAGAAGAAAUCUUUCUUGCCAUCUCGAUCGUUCUCUUCUCUCUACAUGAUCUCUAGUAGCAGCUUGUAGUUAGUUGCUGCUGCUGCUGCUGCAUGGAAGGGAGCCAGUUGGAGACUGCUUGCCUUCCUGCACUCUACGCGCCGCUCGGCCCGUACACGCCCGCUUCUGCUUCCCUCCUCGCUCCAUUGCCGAGCCUUCAGCACAGGCUUCCCCAGCUGCCGCCGUUGGUCCACGAGCAAGCCGCCGGGAACCAUGGCGUGAUGUUCUCGUCCGACCAUGGCCGCCUGUACCCGCUUCUUCCGGGGAUCCCCUUCUGCCAGUCAUCCUCCGCCGCCGCCGCCGCCGGCGAGAAGGCUGCCGGUUUUGCGCCCGUGGACGCCGCCGAGGCGGGCACAUCGGCGGCGGCGAAAGUGGACAACGAGAUUGCUACCGCUGCCACCGCAACAAAUUGCCAUGGCUAUAAUUCAUGGUGGAAGGGGUCGGCGGCGGCGGCCGAGAAGGGGAAGAUGAAGGUGAGGAGGAAGAUGAGGGAACCAAGGUUCUGCUUCCAGACCAGGAGCGACGUGGAUGUGCUGGACGACGGCUACAAGUGGAGGAAGUACGGCCAGAAGGUUGUCAAGAACAGCCUCCAUCCAAGGAGCUACUACCGGUGCACCCACAGCAACUGCCGCGUGAAGAAGCGGGUGGAGCGGCUGUCGGAGGACUGCCGCAUGGUGAUCACCACCUACGAGGGCCGCCACACCCACACCCCCUGCAGCGACGACGCCAACUCCGCCGCCGGCGACCACACCGGCAGCUGCGCCUUCACCUCCUUCUGACGCACGCAUACAUAUGGGUGAUGGUUACUUUGUGUCCUGCUGCCAUGUUGCAUGGAGAGGCUGAUCGAUGGUCCUAUCAAGGCGGCAGGGAUCGAUGUAAAAUGUUAGGAAAGCUAGCUAGAACUCUCACCUGCAUGUUAGUAUUUCCGAAGCAAUCAAUCAGCUCAUCAAGUUGCAUCUAUUUCAUGGAGACACAAGCUCGUAUAUCUGACGAAGUAAUCAACACUAAAAACUAGUGCUGCUGCUAGUCUGGGCAGAGAGGCAUGGAUCAUGCUCCUGCUUUAA